AUGGCUCGAGGCAGAGGUCGUGGCAAAUCCUCAGGUAGGAGUAAUCCUGCUAUUCGUGUAAGCAUGCCAACUAUUCCCAUGCCCACUAUAGUUUCUCCUCAACAAGGUGGUACCCCAACCAUUGUAACGUCAACUCAAAGUAUCAGUCCAACCAUCUCUGAGGCACCUCCAGCUAAACAAAAUCAGAAUAACCUAAUAGGUCAGGGUCUGUCUACUCAGAACAACCCAUCAGAUCAUACCAACACAGUUGCUGCUACACCAAAUCAGAGUAAUGUAAUAGGUCAUGGUAUGUCUUCUCACAGUAACCCAAUAGAUCAUACCAAAACAGUUGCUGCUACACCAAAUCAGAGUAAUGUAAUAGGUCAGGGUCUGUCUCCUCAGGGUAGCCCAACAGAGGGAGGAGUUAGGCCAGGUUUUGCACCUGAACAUGUGUGGGAAAGAUGGAUGCAACUUUGGGGAAGUGAUGAGUGUAUUAAGAAGGCAGAAAUAAAUGCAAAGAAUCGUCGUGAUGGCCGUGAAGUUGCUGCUAUUGAAAAAGGUAGAGAUCCAACACCGAGUGAGUUACAUUUGCACGUUCACACACAUGGUCAUGAUGGAAAAUCAUUUGUUGGUGAACGUUCUCGAAUUGUCCAUGUGCAAGCAGCGAUUACUGAUCCCUCUGGCAACCCAUCGCUUGUGACACCCAUAGUGUCUCCUACUACUAAUGUGGAUGAGGUUGAUCCCUCAAUUUCAAGUGACGAUCAUAUCCCUUAG